GGUUCCUCUUCGAUGUGAUGCCAAUGUUCUCAUUGAUCGGUGGGAUGUUCGAGCAAGCAUGGACAUCAUUCCAAAGUACAAGAGUGACCCUGCGUCACUUCCGGAGAUGGAUUUUUCUGAGCAGCAGUGUAACUAUGAGCGAUAUCGUGUACUCGUACAGAACCAGUGUAGGAAAGUGGAUGAGGAAGCCUAUCUGCAGCGCAUUGACCUUGAAGAGCUCUAUCCGAAGAAAUCUAUUGCCACGAGGAAGGCAGAAAAGAAGAAGCUUGCUGCCCAAAAGGCCGCUAUCGGUUACAAGUAUGAAGAGAACACCGUGCC